AUGGGUUGCUUCUGCCCAACAAAAGUUAAUGUGACUCAGCCCAUUCAAAAUCCUUCAAACAUAAUUCCUCUUCCACCAAAUCCUUUGCAAGCAAGCCGUCCUCCAUUACCACGACCUUACCCUCCAAUACCAAAACCUCAUAUAGCAGUAUCAAAAAUAAAACUAGAAUCACGAUUCACUGUUGAUGAUAUUAAAACUCUUGAUAAUACUCCAGCAAGCACCCAGAAGCAAUCUUUUCCUUACAAUUGUCCUAUUUGCUUCAAAUUCUUAUCAGUAAUUCUCGUCACAAAAUGCUGCAAGAACUAUAUUUGCCAUUACUGCAUCAAUGAGCUGCAAAACAAGCAUGUAAAUUUUGAAAUUGCAUGUCCUCAUUGUAAAGCCCAGCCACUCUGUGUUACUGAUGUAGAUCCUGGCUCAGCGAUCAAAAAAUAUUCAGACUCCCCUUAUAUUAGUUCAUUCAAUGCGGAAUCAAAAACUAAUAAAUGAGUCGCAGAUAUGGAAAUUGUCGAAGAAGAUAAAGAAGAUAUAGAUCUCCAUCCAGAAAGUUUUAUUGUAACAGAAGAUAAACAAAUUUCUAAUGUAAUGUAUUCUACUGCUUAA